UGCUGGGAGCCGGGAAGACCCCCCGAAUCGUUCCCAUUCAGCUGUCCUUCGUUUUCGCUUUCUUCACUUUUUCCUCUUCUGCGUUGCCAGCAAGCACCUGGUUUCAGGGCUGAGGGCAAGCCCGUGUUUAGGCGCGUGUCGCGCUCAGGUCCAGGAAGAUUGGCUGGGGUGGAGGGAAGGGGGAGGGCCCGGGCAAACCGUUGCUGCCUCAGCCGGGGCCGGGGUCCGGGGAGGGGGAGCCUUUGGCACCCCGUGGACUCGCGGCCUACGGCGGUCCCCGCGGAGCUGUUCGCCGAUCCGGGCUCGCGGGAACCUGCCACCGGCGCCUCCCACCGCGGCCCACGCGGGCGGCGCGCGGAGUAGGGGGCGGGGGCAGCGGCGGCUGUAGCGGCCGCGACCUGGGCGGGCGGAGGAGUGUGACGGGCCUCGGGGCCGCUGUGGAUGGUUUCUAAAAUGAUCAUUGAAAACUUCGAGGCACUCAAGUCCUGGCUCAGCAAGACUCUCGAGCCCAUCUGUGAUGCAGAUCCAUCAGCCCUGGCAAAGUAUGUUCUCGCUUUGGUAAAGAAAGACAAAAGUGAAAAAGAGUUAAAGGCAUUAUGUAUUGAUCAGCUGGAUGUAUUUCUUCAAAAAGAGACACAGAUAUUUGUGGAAAAACUUUUUGAUGCUGUGAAUACAAAGAGUUAUCUACCUCCUCCAGAGCAGCCAUCAUCAGGAAGCUUAAAGGUAGAAUUUUUUCAGCACCAAGAAAAAGAUAUAAAAAAAGAAGAGAUCACAAAGGAGGAAGAGCGAGAGAAGAAGUUUUCUAGAAGGCUAAAUCACAGUCCUCCUCAGUCAAGCUCCCGAUAUAGAGAAAAUAGAAGUCGUGAUGAGAGGAAAAAAGAUGAUCGUUCUCGCAAAAGAGAUUAUGAUCGAAACCCUCCUCGAAGGGAUUCAUACAGAGACCGGUACAACAGAAGACGAGGUCGAAGUCGCAGUUACAGCAGGAGUCGGAGCCGAAGUUGGAGUAAAGAGAGGCUUCGUGACAGAGAUAGGGAUAGAAGCAGGACUAGAAGCAGGAGCAGGACACGAAGCAGGGAAAGGGAUCUGGUAAAACCUAAAUAUGACCUGGAUAGAGCAGAUCCGUUAGAAAACAAUUAUACUCCAGUCUCUUCGGUACCGAAUAUUUCAUCUGGCCACUACCCUGUACCUACUUUGAGCAGCACUAUUACAGUAAUUGCUCCUACUCAUCAUGGUAAUAACACUACCGAAAGUUGGUCUGAAUUUCAUGAAGACCAGGUGGACCAUAAUUCAUACGUAAGACCACCAAUGCCAAAGAAACGGUGUAGAGACUAUGAUGAAAAGGGUUUCUGUAUGAGAGGAGACAUGUGCCCUUUUGAUCAUGGAAGUGACCCAGUAGUUGUAGAAGAUGUCAAUCUUCCUGGUAUGCUGCCUUUCCCAGCACAGCCUCCUGUUGUUGAAGGACCACCUCCUCCUGGACUCCCUCCACCACCACCAAUUCUUACACCCCCACCUGUGAAUCUGAGACCCCCUGUGCCACCGCCAGGCCCAUUACCACCCAGUCUGCCACCUGUCACAGAUGAUAUUUCUUAUUCUUUGGUUUUGACAGGACCACCACCUCCACUUCCUCCUUUGCAACCAUCUGGCAUGGAUGCUCCCCCAAACUCUGCAACCAGCUCUGUUCCUACUGUAGUAACAACUGGCAUUCAUCACCAGCCACCUCCUGCUCCACCCUCUCUUUUUACUGCAGUUUUUGUAUUACCAGAUACAUAUGACACAGAUGGCUACAAUCCUGAAGCCCCAAGCAUAACAAACACUUCCAGACCAAUGUAUAGACACAGAGUGCAUGCACAAAGGCCCAACUUGAUAGGGCUCACAUCAGGGGAUAUGGAUUUGCCACCCAGAGAAAAGCCUCCUAAUAAAAGCAGUAUGAGGAUAGUAGUGGAUUCAGAGUCAAGGAAAAGAACCAUUGGUUCUGGGGAGCCUGGAGUUCCUACAAAGAAGACUUGGUUUGAUAAACCAAAUUUUAAUAGAACAAACAGCCCAGGCUUCCAGAAAAAGGUUCAGUUUGGAAAUGAAAAUACCAAACUUGAACUUAGAAAAGUUCCUCCAGAAUUAAAUAAUAUCAGCAAACUUAAUGAGCAUUUUAGUCGAUUUGGAACCUUGGUUAACUUGCAGGUUGCCUAUAAUGGGGAUCCUGAAGGUGCCCUUAUCCAAUUUGCAACAUACGAAGAAGCAAAGAAAGCUAUAUCAAGUACAGAAGCAGUACUAAAUAAUCGCUUUAUUAAAGUUUACUGGCACAGAGAAGGAAGCACCCAACAGUUGCAAACUACUUCUCCAAAGGUAAUGCAGCCUUUAGUUCAGCAGCCCAUUUUGCCUGUUGUGAAGCAGUCAGUCAAAGAGCGGUUGGGUCCGGUACCUUCAAGUACUAUUGAACCAGCAGAAGCCCAGAGUGCCAGUUCAGACCUUCCUCAGAAUGUAACUAAGUUAUCUGUGAAGGACAGGUUGGGUUUUGUAUCAAAGCCAUCUGUUUCAGCAACUGAAAAGGUAUUGUCUACAUCUACUGGCUUAACAAAAACGGUGUAUAAUCCAGCUGCUUUGAAGGCUGCACAAAAAACCUUACUUGUUUCUACUUCUGCAGUUGAUAAUAAUGAAGCACAGAAAAAAAAGCAGGAGGCACUGAAACUUCAGCAAGAUGUAAGGAAAAGGAAACAAGAAAUUUUAGAAAAGCACAUUGAAACACAAAAGAUGUUAAUUUCAAAACUGGAGAAAAACAAAGCAAUGAAGUCUGAAGAUAAAGCAGAAAUAAUGAAAACUUUAGAGGUUUUGACUAAAAAUAUUACCAAGUUGAAAGAUGAGGUCAAAGCUGCUUCACCUGGACGCUGUCUUCCAAAAAGUAUAAAAACUAAGACUCAGAUGCAGAAAGAGUUGCUUGACACAGAACUGGAUUUGUAUAAGAAGAUGCAAGCUGGAGAAGAAGUCACUGAACUUAGGAGAAAGUACACAGAAUUACAGCUGGAGGCUGCAAAGCGAGGGAUUCUUUCAUCUGGUCGUGGUAGAGGAGUUCAUUCAAGAGGUCGAGGUUCAGCUCACGGCCGAGGCAGGGGUCGAGGCCGAGGUCGAGGUGUGCCUGGUCAUGCUGUGGUGGAUCACCGUCCCAGGGCAUUGGAGAUUUCUGCAUUUACAGAGAGUGAUAGAGAAGAUCUUCUUCCUCACUUUGCGCAAUAUGGUGAAAUUGAAGAUUGUCAGAUCGAUGACUCUUCACUUCAUGCAGUAAUUACAUUCAAGACACGAGCAGAAGCUGAAGCAGCUGCAGUUCAUGGAGCUCGUUUCAAAGGGCAGGAUCUAAAGCUGGCAUGGAAUAAGCCAAUAACUAAUAUUUCAGCUGUCGAAACAGAAGAAGUUGAACCUGAUGAAGAGGAAUUUCAGGAAGAGUCUUUGGUGGAUGAUUCAUUACUUCAAGAUGAUGAUGAAGAAGAAGAGGACAAUGAAUCUCGUUCUUGGAGAAGAUGAUUUGACUGAUCAUUGAUCUGCAUAUGAUAGAACUCUACCUGUGUUUCAUUAGUAUUAUCUAAUGUACUUUUACAUAUUUGUAAAAACAAUUUUUGGUAAAAUGUGAUGAAGAUGGAUUUCACAAAUAGACAAAAGAGAAGAAAACUACCUUCUGAAUCCUGUAUUUUGAAAGAUUGAUGUUUGCGUUUUAUUUCAGUAAACAAUUGGUAAAGACAUCACACUAGAAACAUAUGCAAUGUUUUUAUUACAUACUUACUGAACAUUACAGAAUUCUUUGGGUUCUUUGUAAUUUAAUGAAUAGGUCUGAAGACUUAAUGACCAAUACUUGUUAUAACUUAGAGAAUUUUGUUUUACUCCAAAUAAGGAAUGAAUUUGCAUUUAAAAUCUUAAUGAAUGUUUUCAAAAAAUGAAUAGAUAACAUAGUACUCUAACUAAAGUCUCCAAGUUAUGUAUUCAUAAUAUUACAUAGUAGUAUGCUUAGGCUUUACUAUGUAUUAGCCUUUUGUUGGACUUGUGUAUGUAUUUUACCAUAUGGGUUUUAAUGAUAACGGUGUAUGACUGCUUUGCAUUUGAGUCCUUAUGCAUUCAGAUGUUAAAAAAUAAAGUGGAAUGGUCUCUUGAAAAGAAAAGAAAAGAAAAAAGCAAUGACAAAAAAAAAAAAGACAAUGUUCCUUGAUUUAAAAAAAGAAAAAAAAAGAAAAGAAAAAGAAUUAAAAUAAAUAGACCAUUCCAGAUGGUGAUCUACCCUUCUCCCCAGUUAUCACAAAAGGAGCUAUAAUCACUAACUUAUUCUUAAUAAUGGUUACUGGUACCUUUACAAUAAUGUACAAUCCAUUGUUUAAAAUUUAUACCACUUCAGUUUGGUUUGAUCCUAUAAACUUUCAACAGAUGUCUUAAAAUUUAAAAGCAGGCUGAUUAGUUUGGAACCAGACUUCAAGUAGAGAUAACAUUUGGUGAAUAAGAAAACAUCACAUUACAUUUUGGAUGUAUGAAAGAAAACUUGACCAUUUGAAGAUGUAUGAAUAAAGAAAUGUACUAUAGAUACUACUUUAGGAAAGCACUGUUUGGUAAGUGUUCCAGUCUGAUAUUUUAAGUGUGCAUUUCCUAUACUUCUAUAAAAAAAAAUCUUUGACAUUUGCAACAAUAUUGUGAUUUUUAAGUGGACUUCUCUCAUGUUCUCUGACAACAUGAUCAUUGAAAGUUGAUAUAGCAGUUUCUAGGAAAUAAAUGCGUUCUUUGUAGAAUGGAGGGUGGGAGACUACAUAUUUAUCUUUUAAAAUUUAUCCUUUUGGUUGCAAGUAUUUCUGCCCCUUCUGAGAUCACAGUGAUUAUAUUGAAAAUCACACACAAAAAAACUUUAUUCCCAUGCUGGGGUCCUCACAGUCACAAACUGUAAUUUCACCACCAUAGUCUUUUGCCAGUGGAGUAGCUCAUGGAUGCUGUUCCUCUUUUUCUUUUCUUCCUCCACUUAAAGUUGUAUAUAUACUCCCAGUGAUAGUUCUGUUUCAUAGGAACGUUUUGGCUUGCAGUUGAUGCACAUGUUUAUAUUUAAAAUUUCACAGUCAGAUUUCUUUUGUCAAAAUAGUGACUUUACUCAGAACUUCUUUACUAUACUUAGAGCUGUGAUAUAUUUUUAUGUAUAGUCUCUUGUAUGUUGACUAUGUGCUAUUCUGAUUCAUUAGGUAAGUUUGUUUUCUUUUCUUUUUAGUAGUCGUGAAAGAUGCCAAAUUGGCAGAGGCUCACGUUUCUUCUCUUUACACCAAACAGAGGGAGAUCAUCAUUGCCUGAAUUUAGCUUUGUGACUACAGCAGCAAGACCUGUUCCUGUCUGGAGACGACUGUUACAAUAAUAUGACACUAUCACUUUAUGUUUGCCCUUUAUCAGUUUGAAUAGAUGUUUACAUGUACCAUAAUUAGCAUUUUUAUUUUUCCAGUUCAAUUUUAGGGUACAUCUGAGUCCAGAAGUAAAUCUGAGUGUGUGCUUUGUCUGAUCUUAUACUUAAAUGUUUUCUCCCCUUUAUAGCUGUUUGUUUUUAAACACUCUAAGAAGGAAAAACAAAUCCUCUUGGUUUUCCUAACAUGAGAUGAGUUUUCAGGCUCAGCCAAGUUGAAAUUGUAUCUAGGAAAUCUAUAAAGCCAUGAUACUAUGUUCAUCAGCAUGAACAAUCUAGAAUGAUGAAAAUGAUUAAAAAGUUAAACCGUG